AUGUGUAAUACACUUCAUCUAAAAAAGUCACGAAGUGAAAACAGUCUUGUUGGUGUAGGAGCUGCAUCAGUAAAUAUUAAACACAAAACAAUAAGUACGAUACGUUCAAGGUUAAACAGUUUUGAAGCAGUACUUGAGUUUCUCGUUACCAAAAGAAUUUCUGGAUAUCACCCUAAUGAAACACUGUCGUUAGAAGAGUUGCAAAUUCCUGAAAAUCUUCCAUUAGCUGAUCCGACAUUUUACAAACGCCAAAAAAUUGAUAUGUUACUUGGUGCAGAAGCUUUCUUUUCACUGCUAGCAGUAGGCCAAAUAAAACUUGGUGAGAAUUUACCGACUUUACAAAAAACUGGGUUCGGCUGGAUUAUUUCAGGAAAAUAUUGUUCUACUAAAGAUUCCAAAAUUGUUUCAUCCCAUUGUGUUGUCAGCUUGGAUACAAUUAAUGCGAACUUGGAAUGGUUGUGGCAGAUAGAGGAACCAGUUCAUCCACCAUCACUAUGGUCAGUAGAAGAACAGCAAUGCGAAACCAACUUUCAAAAAACUGUAGCUCUCAGUAACGAUGGCCGAAUUAUGACAAGGUUGCCAUUCAAAGGCGACACAAGUACUCUUGGAAAUUCUCAGGAAAUUGCAUUAAGAAGAUUUUUAUCUAUGGAAAGAAGACUUGACUCCAAUAUUGAGUUGAAAUUGGAAUAUGUGAAAUUUAUGCAAGAUAACGAAAAUCUCGACCAUAUGUCGAUGGUUAAGAAUUUGGAUUUAAAUUCUCCCCACUAUUUUAUCCCACAUCAUUAUGUAAUUAAACCAGAUAGCACAACUACUAAAUUACGUGUAGUUUUUGAUGCUUCAGCUCGUACAUCAUCACAAGUGUCAUUAAAUGAGUUAUUAAUGGUGGGCCCUACAAUCCAAAAUGAACUUGUAAUAACAUUAUUAAGAUUUCGAUUGUAUCAAUAUGGAAUAACGGCUGACAUAACAAAAAUGUAUAAACAAUUUUGGCUACAUCCAAGUGAUCGCAAUUUUCAACUAAUUUUGUGGCGUGAGCAUAAAUCGCAAAAUAUUUCAGUUUAUCAACUGAAUACUGUUACAUAUGGUACGAGUUCUGCGCCAUUUCUUGCAACUCGGUGCUUACACUACAUUGCAGAUAACUAUCCUUACCGUAAAGAAACAGGUAAAAUGAUAUUAAAAAGGGAUUUUUAUGUCGAUGACAUGAUCUCAGGAGCAGAUGACUUGGAGACAUUGCAAGCCAUCAAAAAUGAAACUACCGAAAUAUCGGAUUUUCACAACUUAUCGUUAACAAAGUGGAAUAGCAACAAUGUUAACAUCACUGCACCAAAUGUUAAACUUACAGAUAUUGAGACUGCAAGAGAUAUGGCAUGCCCACUUGGAAUGUUAUGGAAUACGAAAGAAGACUAUUUUUGCUUCACUUUUCAAUCAACCAAUGUACCAGCAAGUCAUACUAAACGAAACAUUUUGUCAUUAGCAUCAUCUUUAUAUGAUCCUUUGGGUCUAAUUAGUCCACUUAUCAUUAAAGCUAAGAUUUUGUUACAGCAACUAUGGAUAAUUGGAUGUGAUUGGGAUGAAUCCGUACCUCAAGAAAUUUACACAACAUGGAACAAAAUUCUUGCUGAUUUGCAUCAAGUGGUAGUUCUUAAAAUUCCUAGGUUCACUCGAAUCAAUAACUCAAUUAACAUGCAAGUACAUGGCUUCAGCGACGCAUCAAUUAGAGCAUACGGAUGUUGUAUCUAUUUACGUUGUCAAGAUGAUUUUGGCAAUGUUAGUGUUCAUUUAUUAACUUCCAAAUCCCGAGUUGCUCCUGUGAAAGCAAGAUCAUUACCACGUCUUGAAUUGUGUGCCGCCCAUCUUCUUGCUGGAUGCUGGAGCAAGAUUAAAGAUAAUUUAUUAUAUUAUAUUAAUAACAUAUACUUUUGGUCUGAUUCACAGAUUACUUUACAUUGGAUUAGUUCUCAUUCUUCAACACUAGCGACCUUUGUUGGUAAUCGAGUUGCUGACGUUCAAGAAUGGUCGGUAAAUGCAUUUUGGCGCCAUGUACCAACCGAUCAGAAUCCAGCUGAUCUCGUGUCUAGAGGGUGUACCGUCCCAGAAUUACUGUCAUCAAAUUGGUUCAAAGGACCUUCAUUUUUAAUGUUGCUGUGGCCAAACUGGCCAGAACAUUCAAUAAAUCAACUAACAGUUGACGAACGCAAGUUAGAAACUCGCAAACUAGUGUGCAUUUUGGAAGAUGUCAAGCCUCCGUAUUUGCUACAGAGACUUCAUCAGAUAAGCAAUUAUAACAAAUGUCUACGUAUGGUUGCGCUGAUGCUAAGAGGGCACCACAAGCACGAUGCACAAAUUCAAUCAUUAUUCGUGGUAGAUGAAAUACAACGCGCUCUGUUGCAUAUUGUAUAUCUUAUUCAACAACGCUAUUUUCACAAGGAUAUAGUACUUUUACACAACUCAAACCAAUUACGAAGCUAG